CAGCUGUAAGGCGUCUAUUUGAGCCCUAAAGACUCUCCGCUGUGGGUUUAGGUCAUUGUAGCUGGCCAGCUGACCCCUCACUCAUGCUUUUGUUCGACGUCCUGAAUCGGCAUGGCGUCUAAAUCACUCUAUUCGGCCAGGGACCCAGUGCUGAAGAAGAGGGAUGACUUUGAGGAUAUUCUUGAAGAGAGACGCAACUCCAGCGAUUUAAGAUAUGCUCUCAGGUGCUACACGCCCGCUCUCUAUAAAGGCCUGGUGCCCUGCAAGGCCAGCAUGCUCAAAAGCAUCGUCCUGCAGUCUGACUCACUGCAGUAUGUCAUCAGCCAGGUCUCAGCGGAGUGUGGCGAGUCUCGGGAGACGGUUCAGGAGGAGGCGGCUCUGCUGCUGGAGGAAAUGGCCCACCGGCUUCAGCUCGGCACCGUCCGCUUCUUCGCCUUCACACUCAGCAAAGCCUUCAAAGCGCUCUUCCGCAGCGUGUGUGUCAACGAGGAGGGCAUUCAGAGACUUCAGCAGGCCAUUCAGGAGCACCCGGUGGUUCUUCUGCCCAGUCACCGCAGCUACAUGGACUUCCUGAUGAUGUCCUACAUCCUGUACACAUACGACCUGGCUCUGCCCGUCAUCGCCGCAGGAAUGGAUUUUAUGAGUAUGAAGUUCGUGGGAGAGAUGUUGCGGAUGUCCGGAGCGUUUUUUAUCCGACGGUCGUUCGGAGGUGAUAAACUCUACUGGGCUGUCUUCUCGGAGUAUGUGAAGACCAUGCUGAGAAACGGCUACGCACCAAUCGAGUUCUUCCUGGAAGGAACGCGAAGCCGAACAGGGAAAUCACUGACACCUAAGACAGGUCUGCUGAAUAUAGUGAUGGAGCCGUUUUUUAAAGGUGAAGUGUUUGAUGUUAACCUGGUUCCGGUCAGUAUCAGCUAUGAGAGGAUUUUAGAGGAAUCUCUUUACGCUCGGGAGCUGCUCGGAGUGCCGAAACCCAAAGAGUCCACAUCUGGUCUGUUGAAGGCUCGGCGGAUCCUCAGUGAGGAUUACGGCAGUAUGCAUGUGUAUUUUGGUCACCCCGUGUCCAUCCGCAGUUUGGCUCAGGGACACAUCAGCCGCUCCCAGUACAACCUGCUGCCCAGGCACAUUCCCCAGAAACCAACUGCGGACACUCAGGCGUUUGUGAACGACAUCGCGUUCCGGUUGGUCCGUCUGCAGGAGGAGAGCAUGGUGCUGAGGCCGUGGGUUCUCGUGGCCACGCUGCUGCUGCAGAACCCGGACGGGAUGGACCUGUCCUCGCUGACCGAACAGGCCGACUGGCUCAGACGCCUCGCUCUGGCCUUUGGGGCAUUUUUAGACUGGCCUGACCGUGAACACUGCAGUAAGGUGAUCAGCUCCAGUCUGGCCCUCCAUAAGAACCUGGUGUGUGUGUCGGGUGGCCGCGUGCGGUUGGUCGUUGCUGAGCCGUUGGGGGCGGAGUCGACGACUGAAGAGGCGGAGUUUAACCGGGCGGUCAGUGUGCUGUCCUGCGCCUCCUAUAGGAAUCAGAUACUGCACCUGUUCGUGCGUCCGGCGCUGCUCGCUGUGGCCAUUCAGACAGCUAACUGCAGCAGGAAAGACGAGGUCUUUAACUGCUUUAACUUCCUGCGGAACGUGUUCUCUAACGAGUUUAUCCUCUGCCCGGGAGCAGCGGUGCAGGACUUUGAGGAAGCCUGUUACCUGCUGGGGAAGUGCGGUGCAGUUCAGGAGUUACAGCAGGACCUUGUUAUGUCCCAGAGUGGACAGACCACACUGGCCUUUCUGUGUUCUGUUCUGGACCCGUUCCUGCAGGGAUAUCAGGUUGUGUGUCAGUAUCUGUGUGAGGAAUCGGAGGAGAAUCUUCCAGAGAAUAAGUUUGUUCCUGCUGUGAGAAACUUCACUCUCCAGCUCAUUCUCUCAGGAAGUCUGAAGUGUUAUGAAGCCUUAUCAUCAGAUUUGCAGAAGAAUGCUUUAGCUGCCCUGAUACGGUUGAAGGCUGUCAGGAGAGUUAAAGCUGGUGAUCAGGUGACGUUGAAGGUCAACAAGAUUGCUGUGAACUCAUUGGAGGACGUGUUGGGGGGUAAAAUUCCUACCCAGAAACCUGUCCUCGCUCGGCUGUAAACACACACACACACACACACACACACUCCCCUCGUCGUGUGGAGAGCCAGCCUGAACUGCCUUCAUUACCAUAAUGGCAAAUUUCGCGAAGCGCCGUGGCUUUGCCGACUACAAAGACUGUUUGUCAUCGAGCUUUAAAAAGACUUCACGGGUUCACCAUCUGGGACACGCUCUCUACGAUAUGGGCCUCUCUCCCUGUCUCUGUCACACUCCCUCUCUCUUUCCCUUCCAUCUCUCUCUCUUCUGCUUUUAACAUGCCUCGUAGAAAGAUUCCUCCUGUGUGAUCAACCCCGGUGUCUUUACUUCCUCUCUUACUUUGAGGUCUUCCCAGCCCUCUCUAAUAUGACUGGGCACAUGAAGGCCGCGCUGCAAAAAGUGAUAUCUUGGCACGUAAAAGCAUCUUAAAUGAAGGUAAUAUGUCUAAUAUUUCUCAGUGUGAGGUCUUUAAAUAUUUGAACAACAUACAGUCAUAUGCAGAAAUUUGA